AACAACAACAACGACAACAACAAAAAUUCAAAGAUGGUUCAAGGAAAAGCAGUUACAUACGCUGAGCAUGGUAAGGACUUAGCUACAGUCCUCAAUGAUACCUCAUUUACUAUUACUACUCCAAUUCAAGCUAACCAAGUCCUUCUCCGUACUUUAGCCACACCAAUUAAUCCUUCAGACAUUCAUCAGAUUUUCGGUGGUUACAAUGUUGCAAGAAACAUUACUGAUUUAGGAAGUACACCUAAUGAACCAUUGCAUGUUGGUGGUAAUGAAGGAGUUUAUGAAGUGGUUGAGGUUGGAAAAUCAGUUCAAGGGUAUGAAGUGGGCGAUCAUGUCAUUCCACUCCUUCCUGGAUUUGGAACAUGGAGAACUGAUGUAUUGGUUACUAUUGAAGGUGAUGAGAAACCAUUUGUCAAGGUUAAUGGGUUGACUUUAGAACAAGCUGCUACUAUCUCCAUUAACCCAUCGACUGCUUAUCAAAUUCUUGAGCAAUAUGUCAAGGAUUGGCAAGCCGGUGAUUGGAUUGUUCAAAAUGCUGGAAACUCUCAAGUUAGUAAGUAUUUAACUCAAUUGGCAAGAUUAAGAGGACUUAAGGUGGUUUCCGUUAUUAGAGAUGACAAAUCACAAGAUGUAAUUGAUGAAUUAUAUGAUUUAGGUGCUACCAAAGUCAUUAAAGAAUCCGAAUUCUUAUCAGAAACCUUUGAUAUUACAAAAGUAACCGAUAAUGGUAAUGUUAGACUUGCAUUGAACAGUCUCGGUGGAGAUUCAGUUGGUGCUUUGGUUAAAAGUUUAUCAGUUAAUGGAUUUUUGGUCACCUAUGGAAUUGUUGCUGGUACAGACAUUGUUUAUGAUGGAAGAAUUCAAUUAUUUAAGAAUAUCACUACCACUGCUUAUUGGCUUACUGCAAAUACCAAGCGUAACCCACAAUCUAAGGUUGAAACCAUUGGAAAAUUAGUUGAAUUGUACAAGCAAAACAAGAUCAAAGAUGUUCCAUUUGAUAAAGUUGUCUACUCGAGAAAUGAUGACUUGAAGUUGGCUGUUCUUCAAGCCAUUGCCAAAACCAAAGGUGGAAAACAAGUUAUUGUAUAUAAAUAAAGUAGAAGUUGGUUAUAGUUUGAAAUUCAAUGAAAUC